AUGGACGCGGCCGACGUCGCGCUCCUGCCGAGCGCGAGCCCGCGCGCCGCGAGGAGCCCGUCGACGAAGCGGCCGCGGAGCGACAGCCUCGACGCCCUCGAGGCGAGCCUCCGCGGCGGCCGCGCGGCGACGGGCGCCGAGGCGAGCCUCCGGCGCGGCGACGACGACGCGUCGAGCGCGACGAAGAAGCGGCGGGGCCGCAAGCCCAUGAACCUGAGCACGGAGGAGCGCGCGACGCUCACGCGCGCGCGGAACCGGCUCCACGCGCAGUCGACGCGGCGCCGCAAAAAAAUCGUCGCCGAGUACGCGCGGCGGCGGUGCGACGAGAUCUUGGCCGAGUACGCCGGGGCGGGCGACGCGCCGACGCGCGAGAUGGUCGUCGCCAUGCUCGAGCUCGACGGCGACGGCGUCACGCGGCGGGCCAUCCUCAACAAGUUUUUAGAACUUCUCUUCAACGGCGCGUCGCAGCCGAGCGGCUUCGCGGACCUCGCGGCCUGCGGCGACGCCUUCGAGCUGCGCCUGCCCGCGGCCAUUCACCGCGCGUCGGCGGCGAGCCACGCGCCGCCGGGCCUCGACCCGGGCAAGGCGUCGCGCGCGGGGACCGCGGUCGCGCUCCGGGGCGUCGAGGCGCUCGCGUUCGAGGCCGCGUGCGUCCGGUCGUUCCUCGACGGCUUGCGGCGCGGGCCGUCCGGCGCGGGCCCCGUCUCGGCGAUCGACGUCGAGUGCGCCCUCGCCGAGGACGCGCACGCGUCGGCCGUGGGCGACGUCUUCGCGUCGGACUUCCGCUACGCGACGCGGGGCCUCGUGAACGCGGGCUUCCCGCGCGAGCUCGAGGUCCGCGGGGCGCUGCGGGCCCGCUUCAACGUGCGCGCUAGACUCAGCGACCUCGAGCUCUCCUACGACGCGGGCGCCGUCGCCGCGGCCGUCGCGGACCUCGGCGCGCCGCCGGGCCGCGCGCCCGACGCCGCGGCGCCCCGCGGCUCCGCGCCGCCGGCCGACGACGGUCUUCACGGCGCCGCGCCGGCGCCGGCGCCGGCCGCGGCCCUCGGCGCGCCCAAGCUCUUCCCCUUCUGCGGCGACGACCUCCCCUUCGCGAUGCGCUGCGUCGAGGACAUCUUCUCGCGGCUCGAGACGACGCUCCGGCUGCUGCGGCGGAGCUGCGAGCUCGGGCUCUACGUCGCGCCCCUGGCCCUGAGCCGCGUCGCCGUCGAGGCCUGCAAGCUCGUCGGCAUCGCCGGCGCCGAGGAGCGGUGGUGGGACUACGCGCUCUGGUCCGUCGAGGGCAUGGGGCCGACGGCCGUCAAGCUCUGCCAGUGGGCGGCCGGGCGGCCGGACCUCUUCCCCGCCGCGGCGACGAAGCGCUUCUCCCGGCUGCACGACGCGGUCCGCCCCCACGCCUUCCACCACACGGACCGGGCCCUCGCCGCGGCGCUGGGGGCGGACUGGCGCGACACGCUCGAGCUCGACGAGCGCCGGUUGUUGGGCUCGGGCUGCAUCGCGCAGGUCUACGCGGGCACGCACGACGGCCAGCGGGUCGCCGUCAAGGUCGUCCACCCGGGCGUGCGCGAGGCCGUGGAGACGGACAUGGCGCUCCUCGCGUUCUGCGUCGGCUGCGGCGAGCGGUUCGCGCCCGGCGCGUUCCGCUACCUCGCCGUCGGCGGCUCCGUGCACCGCUUCGGGGCCAUCAUGCGGUCCCAGCUCGACCUGCGGACCGAGGCGUCGAACCUGGAGCGGCUCCACGCCCACUUCGUGCGCGACGACUCCGUCGUCGUGCCGCGGCCCGUCGGCCGGCGGCGGUCGCCGGACGUGCUCGUCGAGGAGUUCGUCGCGGGCGUGCCCGUGCUCGACUUCGCCCGGGGCGACGAGGCGCGGGCGGCGAAGAUCGCCGAGGCCGGCGCGCGCGCCGUGCUGAAGAUGGUGCUCCACCACAACUUCGUCCACGGGGACCUGCACCCCGGCAACAUGCUCGUCAACGACCGCGCGCAGCUCGUGCUCCUCGACGCGGGCAUCUGCGUCGAGAUCGGCGACCGGGCCCACGAGGACAUGGUGUCGAUCCUCAAGGCCAUGCUCGAGGCGCGCGGCGCCGACGCGGGGCGCCUCAUCCUGGGCGCGCACGCGAACCGCGGCGAUUUCGGCGCGAUAGACCGCGAGAGCGAGGCGCGCUUCGUCACGGGCAUCGACGAGAUGGUCGCGCGGUCGCGGGACCAGCCCAUCUUCGAGUCCAUGGCGGAGUACAUGUCCACGAUCUGCGGCCUCGCGGUGUCGCACCGCGUCGUCCUCGACGCGUCCUUCGUGUCCGUCGCGCUCGCCAUCAAGAUCAUGGAGGGGCUGUGCCUGGGCAUCAGCCCGGACUUCCCCUUCCUCGAGAUCGCCGCGCCCAUGUUCCUGCAGGCCCAGAUGACGCGGUCGUCCCAGCGCGAGCUCGGCCGCCUCUCGGCCUGGUCGCGCGGCGUCCUCGAGGACAUCAAGGCCAAGGAGGGGCUGGCGUAA